GCCUCUGACACUUCUCUCUCAGUCUUCGGGUUAACUGACAUGUUUACUGCAGGAGCUCAUAGCAAGAGCCCCGUGAACAACCUCGGAGCUGUCAGAAAGUAAUACCAUGGCUACUCACGCUAGCAUAUGCUGCCGCUUGUUUGACAGACACAACAGUUUAACACAUUUCAGAAAAUUCUUCGUGCAAUGCGUAAAUGGGAACACCCCGCGACUGUAUUCCAGUGCUACGCACAAGGAAAAUAAACUUGAACUUGGAGACUCCACUUUAUCUGCUCCCAACUUCGCCGCAUCAAGACAGGAGAGACUAAGAGAUGACAGCAUACUACCCUUUUCAGCGUUCUUGACUGACAACUUUGGCCGGAGGCACAGCUACCUGCGCAUCUCCCUGACUGAGAAAUGCAACCUGCGCUGUCAGUACUGCAUGCCAGAGGAGGGGGUGAAGCUUACACCACGGGGCCAGCUGCUGUCCACAUCAGAGGUACUGACCCUGGCUCGCCUCUUCGUCCAGGAGGGGGUGGAGAAAAUUCGCCUCACUGGAGGAGAGCCCCUCAUCAGACCUGAUGUGCUGCAUAUCAUCACUGAACUCAGGAAGUUGGAGGGCCUGAAAACCAUUGCAGUGACAACCAACGGCAUGAACUUGGCCAGGCUUCUGCCUAAGCUGAAAGAUGCUGGCCUUGACCUGAUUAACAUCAGCCUGGAUUCACUGGUCCCUGCCAAAUUUGAGUUUAUUGUCAGGCGGAAAGGGUUUCACAAGGUCAUGGAGAGCAUUGAUAAGGCCAUCGAAAUGGGCUACAACCCUGUCAAGGUUAACUGUGUGGUCUUGCGAGGCCUCAAUGAGGAUGAGCUGCUAGAUUUUGUGGCGCUGACAGAGAAGAAGCCUCUGGAGGUGCGCUUCAUCGAAUACAUGCCCUUCGACGGCAACAAAUGGAACUUUAAGAAGAUGGUGAGUUACCAGGAGAUGCUGGACCGCAUCAGGCAGCAGUGGCCCAAUCUGGAAAUGCUUCAAACUGAACACACAGACACUGCCAAGACAUUUAAAGUGCCAGGCUUCAAAGGUCAGGUGGGCUUCAUCACCUCCAUGUCUGACCAUUUCUGUGGCUCCUGCAACCGCUUACGCAUCACUGCAGAUGGCAGCCUCAAGGUGUGUUUGUUUGGGAACUCCGAGGUGUCCUUGAGAGAUGUCUUGCGCUCCGGGGCAUCAGAUGAAGAGCUACUGCAAAUCAUUGGAGCUGCUGUGGGCAGGAAGAAGAAACAACACGCAGGCAUGUUCAGUAUCUCUCAGAUGAAGAAUAGACCUAUGAUCCUCAUUGGCACCACAUCCCAAAGGUCUUUGUCUCUGCCAAAGACACAAGACAGCCAGAGAGCUUUCCCCAUUGUUUCCCAGCUUACAAACGACACAUUCCUCUCUCCAGCAGCAGCUCCUCACAUGUGCCAUUCAGGCAGCAGGAGAGUCCUGAAUAGAGAGGGUUUUUUGUGCCUUCCAGACUGCAUUGCUUCAACACAGACAGCCCAUGUUUGUUGCUCUAGAACCUUAAUGAGUGGGGGUACCCAUGUUAGGUCACAUAUCAACAAAGAAAAACCUAAUACGAUAGACAACCUCCACAGUGUAGCACCCCUUCACUCCUCUGAGUUUGGUAAUAGUCUUACCAGUUGUCACACUGAGACCGGAAGUUUUACUACACGCACAAAUGUCAUGAGCUUCAUUAAUGAAGACACUCUCAGGUAUGCACAAGCCAGGGGUCCUAAUGCUUUGAGGAGCCACUUACUCAGGACCCCAGGAAAACCUAUUUUUUGCACACUUCUAAUGAAUGCCAAAAUAAAUCUUAAACACCGUUUAAAUCUUAAACACAGUCUAACACACAUCGUUAGACUGUGCCACAAUCAAAGUUCCAGUGAAGACCCCAGUGUCAAACUCAAACAGUUUGUGAGUGAUCAGACCAAGUCAGGCACAAAUGUCUCCAACACUCACCUGGAUGAAACCACCGAAGCCCAGCUGACCCAUACAGAUGCCCAGGGCCGAGCCUCAAUGGUGGAUGUUGGAGGGAAAGUUCCCACACGUCGAACAGCCACAGCCCGCUCCACCAUCAUCUUGGGCCCCACUGCCUUCCGGCUGCUUCGGGAUAACCAGCUGGCUAAGGGUGACGCCUUGGCCGUGGCACAGUUGGCCGGCAUCAUGGCUUCCAAGCAGACCUCAGCCCUCAUCCCGCUCUGCCACCCACUCCCCUUAGACCACACCUCUGUCACCUUUGACCUCGAUGAGUUGCAGAACGCUGCGGUCAUCACAGCAACGUGUCGCACUACGGGCAGGACGGGAGUUGAGAUGGAGGCUUUGACAGCUGUCUCUGUUGCAGCGCUGACUGUCUAUGACAUGUGCAAGGCAGUGAGCCAUGACAUCAUCAUCACAGAUGUAAAACUGGUCAGUAAGACAGGCGGGAAGAGGGACUUUCAUCAUCAUCCUUGACCUCCCCCACCAAUGAAUCCAACCCAAGAAAACUGCAACAAACUGCUAAGAUUGCACCAAUUUUCACUGGAAUUGUCAUAUAUUUCUGCAAACUAAAAUGUAUGCCAUCAGAAUAAUUUAUGUUAUAAUCACAAAUUCUACAUUUAGGAUUUUAUCCCCAUCCUGCCAAGCUCUGCCAGUAGCUUACCUGAUUGCCUACUCCAGUGACAUUUUACCAGCAUUUCAUUACUUCAUCUGUCACUUAUCCCAUACACCAUGAAUCAUGUUAUUUGAACAAUGUCCAUGUUAACUUUACUUUAGCAGUGGUUUGCAAAUAAUAGGGGCUGCAGUGUUUCUUUUUGUCACUAGAUGGCACUCAAGUAUUACAUUCACAAGCCACCCCUGAAAGUCUUCAACACUAUUAACAUGUUGAAUGUAUUUAUCUUUUAUUAGCUGACAUGAACUUUGAAGAUAAUUCCAUUUGGAAUGAAGCCCAGGUGCCUGACCUGAAAACGGUCACAGAAGGAAGCAACAGCAGCGUAAUGAGAGCUGGGCUUUUCCCAGGUCUGCUGGUAGACAUAAAGUCUAACUGUGAAAUAUCACUUUCUCUAUAUAUGUUUCUCUACUUACCUGUUUUGCAUUGCUGUAAUUAACUGCACUAUGAGUUUUGGGGUUAAUUCAGUUGAAUGAAAUGUAACUCUAAUCUAAUAAUUUCACAAUUAUGUCAGUGAUGAUAAUUUGUAAAGAAUUUACUCUGAAUUUAGGCAUCUACUGAAUUUCAUCUAGUUUUUAUUAUUUUUCUUCUAACUCUAGUAUACUGAAAAGACAGGGUAUUUGUACUCAUACCGCAUUGCAGUAGAGGAUGAGAGUUUUUUUUUUUUAGCUCUUGCUCUAAAAUGUCCACCAUUCAUAAAAUGACUGAUAACACAAAAAACCAAUUACAUUACUUUAGGUUUUGUUGUUGUUUGUUUUUUUCCCUCUCUUUACCCCCAGAAUAAACUUGAUUGGUUGUGUUUUUUGAUUUGAUGUUAGCUCAAAAUGUACUUUAUAAUUGUAUGAAAAUGUGUAAUUCUUACUGCCUGGUGAAAUGACAACUAAUGCAGCCUCCAUGUUCUGCAUGUCACAUUAAUUUCUGUCAGUAUUACAGUAGGUAUGAUCCUCUGGUCUGCACUGUAGAUCAGCAGUUUUCCCUUGUUGUGUCUGGAGAACUGAAAAUUGCUAUUUUUGUAACCUAGCAAAUGGUUGAUUGUAUUCACUCUACAUUGAGCUCUAUUCAUUGCACUGCUAAUUUUUUGAAAGAAGUAAAUGCAAACUGAGUUGCA